AUGUCGGAUAGGAGGCCCAAGAAGGAGGCCAUCCUCGAUCUCUCCAAGUACGUCGACAAGCGGAUCCGGGUCAAGUUCACCGGCGGUCGUGAAGUGCAAGGCAUCCUCAAGGGAUACGACCAGCUCAUGAACCUAGUCAUGGACGAGGUCGAGGAGACGCUGCGCGACCCAGAGACGGGCGAGAUCACAGCCGCAUCCAAGACGAGGGCGCUCGGCCUGGCCGUCCUCCGGGGCACCGCAUUGACCGUCAUCAAUCCCGCCGACGGCUUCGAGAGCAUCGAAAACCCCUUUGCAUCCGCGGAAUGA